UUUGGUUUGGUUUAUUUUAUGUUGCUAAGAAUUGGUAAAAGUGUACAUGAUGAAAACUAUGACUUGCUGUUUCCCAGAGGUCACAGUAAGUCUGCUUUAUUCUCACUGUUCACUAACUUGGUAUUUUUUACUCCAGUUCCCCUCUGUUAGCUCCAUCCUCUGCACCUGUUCAUAUUUUGAGCAGGUGAUGCAUAUCGCAAUUCUUUCCCCGAACCCUCCCGAGGCUCUGAGCUCUAAAAUCCCUUUGACAAAAGCAUUUGUAAGCAUCAAAGUCUUUCCGACAAAAUAAACCCAGAAAGAAUGUUUUAUCAGCGCACCAAAGAGGGUUAGUGUAGUUUUUCACGGGGUUAACCAUCUCCAAAUGGUCGGGGUGGCAGAUUAGAAGUGAAGGGCGUGCUCCUGGGCGAGAGAGGGGAGAGUGGAUGAGAGAGCGGCCCUAAUGCGGCAUCUCAUUACAACCUCUGUCAGGAUCCCUCUAUUCUACCAUCAUCUCCCCUUAACUUGGUAAAAGCCCAACUGUCGCUUCGAGUGAGUGUGCCGCCAAGGAGGCAUUUACAAAUAAAUGAAAAAUGUCAGACUUGAUUUCACUCCUCUCGGACUGCGGCGCCUCAGCUUUGUCACAAACUGUCUUUGUUGUUCUGGUCUCUUGCAGGUCCACCUCCUGGUCGCCGUGGAUAGGUUCUGGCAGGUUCAGGCCCUCUGUUUUUCUCCCAGGACCCUUGGAAUCAGAAGAUUAAGAUCCAGCACAUGAGUUGUGACUUCAUGGCCUACAGGAAGGUGUGUGAUGCCCAGGCAGGGCCACUGGAUGGAGAGGUUCUGCGCUGCUCUGGAUCCCUGGAACUCGACUGGGACCUGGACAAGGAGGAGCUGCAGGAAGCAGGGCCAAGCAGCGAGCGCACGCAGAUGCAGCAUGGCGACUGCCAGAGAUCAGGUUGCUCAGACCCUGGCCCUGACCCUGACCCUGAGUUCAUAGAACCCAUCCAGAAUUCCGUCUCAGUUUCACCUCAUGGACGCUUUGAAAGACUCCAAGAGGAUCCCAACUACAUCUCUCACUUCACCAGGACGACUGGCCACAAAGGUCAAAGGCGACUUCACUGUUUCAUAGUCAGAUACUUCCUUGCCGGGGUGGGAAUUUUUGUCCUUGGUAUUCUUGUUGGCUGGUUCAUCCACACUUCUUCGAAACGUCCAACUGCUCCUCCACCUGAAAGCUUGGACCUGCUUGAAGAGCUGCUCAGAGGAAUCAAAGCUGACAAGAUAGAUGCUCUCCAAAAGUCUUUCUCCAGUCUGGCAGGUGACAGUGAGGAGUCCAGGGCCAGGUACCUGUACAGGCAGUGGAUCGGACUUGGCCUUACUGAUGUCCAGCUGUACAAUCACACGGUUCUGCUCAGCUUGCCUGGCUCCACUCCAAACACCAUCACCGACAGAUCCAGCCACCAGUGUUUUCUUCCCCAUGGGGCCCCGUGUGACCAGCGGGGGCCCACUGACCUGCUGAAGCAGCAGUUCUCCUACGCAGCCUACUCUGCAGUAGGCAGCGUUCAGGGAGAGGUGGUGGAUGUCCAGUAUGCCAGUGUGGAAGAUUUGAGAAGAGCCAAAGACUCCCUGAACCUCACUAACCAGAUUGCUGUGGUCAAGCUUGGUCAAGCACCCUUAUUAUAUAAGCUGUCUCUGUUAUCUGACUUUGGUUUUCGAGGCGUUCUUCUCUACAUCGAUCCCUGUGAUGCUCCGCCUGGCCGGAACAUCUGGCACGAAGCUUUCAGAGUCACUUUAAAUCCUGGAGGAAACCCUUCUUUUGCUGGGUCUGGAGGGAGUCUCACAUCCCUGCUGGUUCAGCCCAUCUCCGCCUUCCUUGCCAAGACUUUAUUGUCACCACCAUCAGUGGAACAGGGAGCAGAUGCCUGCACUCUUUUAUCCAUGCCUCCCAACACAGAGCGAAAGAAGAUUACUGUGACUAUUGGAAACCAGAUGUCCUACAAGAAGAUUUACAACGUUGUUGGAUACCUGAAAGGAAGAAAAAACCCAGAUCGCCACGUUCUGGUUGGCAGUCGUCAUGACAGCGACCAGGGAGGUGGAACUUCGGCCAUUAUGACUCAACUCAUCGCAGCACUAACAGAGCAGACCAAACAGGGAUGGGUGCCGGACCGUACCACUGUGUUCUGCUCAUGGGGAGGCACAGCCCUGGGGAACAUUGGGUCCUACGAGUGGGGAAAGGAUAACAGUGUUGUCCUUCAGAGCAGUGCUGUGGCCUACGUGAGUCUGAACUCUCCAGUUCAAGGGACUGAGACACUUCAAGCUACAGCAUCUCCAACUCUGUUGCAACUGACCUCCGAUAUACAAAGGAGACAGUUGCUGAGUUGCAUCCGUGGAGGAAACUGUCCUGGGCCCAACGUGAGCUCCUUUCAGCUGCCUGGAGAUGUGAGUUUCUUUGCCAACGAGCUGGCUGUUCCUACCGUGGAAUUCGCCUUUGAGCAGACCAAAGCAGAGAGCACAGAGACCACCGGUUUCCUGUCAGAGGCCCAAUUCUCUGCAGAGUCGCCAGAAAAACUCGACCCAUUGUUCAAGUUCCAUGAAACCAUUGCAAAGAUGACAGCCGAAGCCAUUCUGCGCCUGGUCAGUGACCCUGUGCUGCCUUUCUACCCUCUGGACAUUGUGUUGGAUGUUCAAAACAAACUUAAAGAUAAGAAUGUGGUAUCGCCUCCCCUGCUGUCCUCAGCCUCCGCUCUCAGAGACCACGCGGCGUUCUUCCAGUCCGAAGCCAUGCGCCCGGCGAAUGACCCCAAAGAGCGUGACCCCUCCCAUGUACGCAUGCUGAACGAUGUGCUCCGUGAUCUGGAAAAAAGCUUCAUCAUGCCACAGACGCCAGCCGGAGUGUUCAGAAAUUUACUUUACAGCCUUCCAGGAAAAACUCCCCAGUUCUCCGUCCUCAAGUUCUCCCCGGAUGUGGUUCUGCACUGCAGCGUGACGAGCAAGGUGGCCAAGCACUACUCUCCAAACAAGGACGCCUUCUGCACCAGCGCCAAGAACCAGUCUCUGUCUCUGAUCCUGAGGGCGCUGCGCUCGGCCGAGAGGCUAGUUGGCUUUGGGCUGGACCUGUUCCAGAAUUACCCGGGCGCCACCAAAUGAUUCUGAUGCAGAUAUAAAGAGUGCCUCCUCUACCAAUCUCAAAAAUCACUCUGCGGUUCAAGAAAGAAUGAAAUUUACAGUUUCAGCUACUUUUUUUAAAUCCAAAUCAUGCAAAAACAGAAUUUAAAAUAUGUAUGAAUGUAUCAACUCUAACUUGUUGCACACCUGCUAUUUGAUAUGCAAAUGAUAUGGAAAAGUGGGUCUGCUUAAAUUGCACUAAUCUGUCUUCCAAUGAGUUUGAACCAAAAGGUGAAUGGCUAUUUUCUAAAUUUUAUGUUACUUUAUCUGAUUUUCCUCUUAACACUUGCUCCACUUGAUGUGGAAGUUUCUUUCCUUUCCACUAAACAAAUUCCGGCACUAAAUGUAAAAAGAAAAUGAAAGUAGCACUUCAGAAUCAAUGUUAGGUUGAAAAGAAAACCAGAUGUCAGUGUUUAAAAGCAAAGAAAAUAGAAGAGUAUUUGAGUUUCUCUUUAAAGUGUAGCCUUGGUGAAUGAACAGAAUAUAUUUAACACUUUAAUCCCUUUGAGCACUUGAAGUGUGUUAGACUGUUCACCAAUAAAACACCAGGACGUCACUUGGUUUCUGAAGUUGCUUUAGGAAAUCCCAACUCUCUCCAAAUAGAUGAUAGUCUGCAUUUGAAGUGAAAUUCAAUUCAGGUUGGAAAAUAAAUCUUUUUUUUUUUUUUUUUGUAAAAAUCUACUAAUCUGUUAAUGCGAAGAACAAAAGCCAUCCUAGUUUCAGUAAAGAUCACUAUGAGCUAAUCCAUAUUUAUUGUCAAUAUAGUUAUUUUAAUCUCAACCACAGUAUGUGACUUUUCUGUGUUAAUUGAUCAUCAGAAAUCCUGUAAAAAGGAUUUUCCAGAUUUUAUUUUAAAAAGAUUUAACAGGCCUUUAAGUUUUGUUGUAGUUAGGCAUGAUUUUUUUUGCUAGUUUUUGUGCAAACCAUCUAGUAAAGUAACUUAAUGCUAUGAAAAGAAUAAUAUAUAUUUUAACGUAUUUUCAAGUACAGUUUCAAGGCAUGAUGAUUGUUCUAGUCUCUUAUAUUUUAUGAUGGUUUUCUUAGCAUUAAUUAGUUGUAUUUAUGUGAAUGUAUUUCAGGAAGCCAGCUGGAAAAUACACAAAAACGCUUUCUAGGUUUUCUAGGAAGAAUUUCUUUGAUUGAUGUAUUUCCUGGUUUUUUGUGUUUCUAUAGCCAUUAUGAUGUGUUAAAAAAUUUUGAUUUUUAAGUCUUUGCAUAUAUUGUCUUUUUUUAAUAGAUGUGCAUACAUUUUUAAGAACGUUUGAUAAAGAACAUUUUGUAAGUUAGACCGAUUAUUGGUAUGUAACUACCAAACUUUUAAAUGCAGAAAUUUACAGUAAUGAAACAAAAAAAAUCUUGUCAGGGAUAUAAAAAAAAAGCUUGUGUGCCUUUAAUAAGGAGCUUUCUUGAGUUUGUUAUAUAUUUUACCAAAAAAAUUCCUGUUAUCUUUGGCAACAUGAGGUUUCCACAAUUAACCUGUGAUUUGCAUUUAGUUUCCUCCCAGCCCUGAUUUUUCUUCUUGCUUGUAAAAUUGCAUGGAAAAACACAUUCAUGUGUUUUUUAGUACCUAGAAAGUGCAAUUUUUAAUUCUGAUUUGUCUUGUUAUUCUGGCAAGAGAGACAAAUAAACACUGGAGUGGUGAGAGGAGGGGCUGCAAAUUCCAGCCUACACCAACAGAUGUCGCCAUACUCUAUAAACUCCACCUUUAACAAGGUGAGUGAAAACUGGUUUGCUGUAACUUUGAAUCAAAUAAAUUCUUAUAUAUGUUUUAUUUGCUGGAAAUAAAACUGUUAUGUUUUUUGUUUUUGUUUAUUUGUACAAACAUAACAAAUUGUUGUUAUAAAAAGAAGGACUUGACUUUAGGCACUGUUGGUUUGUUGGUCUGAAAACCCAGGCAUCACAUUUUUACUCUCCUGGCUGUUGGAGUUAUAGUUUUUGUUUGCUUGUGUGCCAUUUGUUUUGAUGGCAGCAUUUUAUGUCUUUUUCAGCUUUGUGAACUGGAUUGUGUCUGUCUCAUGUUUCUCUUGCUGUGUUCCAGUGAGUGUGUAAUGAUUUUGAAGUGUAGGUUUGUCUGACCAGUCGAUCCUAAAUGUUGUGAUGAGUGGAAUUGUCAGUAGUUUGAAAAUCAUUACACCGGAAAAAUACUGUAUCAAUAUGUCUCUUUGUUGGCAAAAUCACUUUAAAUAAUGUUAUGCAUGCUUUAAUUUAUAUUAGGACAAACAAAGUCAUGAGUAUAUUGUCGGGUUAUGAUACUUGGCAGUGCAUAUUUUUUCUCUCUCUUUUUAGAAUAAUAGCACAAAUUUAUUGUUCUUUAUACAUGGUGGAAAAUCAAUGUAAAAUCUGAUAUUUGCUGUUUUCUAUGACUUAAAUUUUUUCAAGGUAACUCUGUGACACAGGUUGGAUUUAUUCUGAGUGACAACAUUUUGGAAGUCCAGCCUUGGGCAGCGCAAAUACAAACAGGACAUUCAAUCUAAUUUUGUUCAUGCCAUAGUUAGAUCCUGAACACUGGCCUUUAAAUUAUACAAAGUAAAUCAUAAUGGUAUAAUUUCCGAGACUUAAGCAGAGUUUCUUCUAACACUAAUUUGGCAUCAAACAUUGUGUAAAUUUAUAUUUAACUAAUAAAUGCAAAAAACCCAAAGUAGGGGUUGGGACCCAACUUGAGGUCACAAAUCAACAAGAUUGGGGAUUAAAAUGAUCUUCUUAAUUUAAAUUAUGAAAAAUGUAAAUUAAAAAUUCUUAAUUGUUAAUUUAAGAAUGUGUGAUUAGUGGUGAAUCAAACAUGACACAUGACCAUGGUGAAUUUGGGUUAUAAAGGUUAAAGAUAUAAAAACAAUACUUUCAACAAUUGGCUUUUGAUUCUGCUUUUUUUGCUGUGACUCUACUCCUAGUUGGCUUAGUAGAAAUGCGAAUGUAGUCAAUUCAUAAUCUGCUUCAUAAUCUCUGCACUGUAUCCAUCUUGGAUGAAAUCUAGAAAGCUGACGGACAGGCUUUAUGUGCUGCAGGAUGAUUCGUUUGUUUCAGUUUAUUUAAUCAGGUUCAUUUGUAUGCUUUGUAAUCGCAUGGACAGAACACAGAUCACUGUUCUGUAACAGUUUAUGUUAAACUUAUCAAUGUAAAAAAGUUAAAUGCAAAUUAAGAAUGAUCCUAAUCAACUGAUGUAAAUGUGGUUACAUGCAGUACUCAAUGCAUCAUUGCACAACCACAGAGACAUGCUACCUUUGUGAAACCUUUUGAAAAAUACUUGACUUGACCUGCUGUCUGUGUAAACUAUAUGUAAGCAAUAUUAAAUAUGCCUCAUUGUAGGCAGUUAUGAAAACUGCUGUAUUUUGGAAAUUGUACAGAAUUUGAAUGAUGUAUAGGAGUUAGUGCCAGAUUCAGUAAUGCUUCUUGUCUCUGUUUUGAAAAGCAACAAAAGAUAUUGUUUUUAGCAAACUAAAAAAGUGUUUGCUCUCUUACAGAUUUAAUCUGGUUUCGCUUUUAAUAACACUGAAACAUUUCAGAUCCUCAAACAAGUUUAUCAGACAAAUACAAUGUCAGUGAAAACAAAAUGCACAUUUAAAAUUGUGAUUUUUUUUAUUUUCUUCUUAUUCAGGGAGGAAACUGUUCGAAGUAACCCCUGCGUUAGACAACUUUCACACCGCUGUGGCGGAAUUGUAUCUCAUUAGAUUUUGUUCAAAUUGAGCAAUACCGAAGGGUUUCUAAUAAGCAUGACCAGGAGGUCAUAGGUCAUGCCACAAUGUCUCCGUUGGAUUUAAGAGCAGACUUUGACUUAUUUUGUUUUCUUAAAACCAAGGUGUACUUACUGAUGUGUUUCAGAUUAUUGUCCAUGUUAGUAUUCCAAAUUCUCUACAGCUAACAGUAGCUGCAUUUUCAUUGAUCAUGUAAUUGCACUAUUUCACAUUUUGAAAAUAAAUUUGCUUAAUAGAAAAAUAGUUGUUUUGAAAAAAAACUCUUGUUUUUUUAUGAAAAGUUUUGCUGCUAGAGUGAGGUGGGUUUUUCUUUGGCCAUAUUGAAACUGGUUAAUUUACAAAACUGCAAUGGAAACAAUUUUUGUACCAUAUGAGUCACAUGAUCAACAACCGGAUGUUGCCACUGC